AUGAAAAACAAGAGCACCAGAAUAUCAAAGAAACGAACUAAGCGAGCGCCUUCCAAAAGGGCCCGGGCGAUGGUCGAGAAGCUUAACAGUGAGACGCAAACCGUAGAGGAGAUAUUGAAGGGCGCAGAGCCCAAAAAGGACAAGGGAGUGUUUGCCGACUUGCAGACGGACCACAAACUCGACCAGCAAACAAAGACCCAGAAAUCCAGAGAAAACGCCGACCUUGAGCGCCAGCUGGACCUGCUCAGUGGCAUCACGAUCGAGGCCACGUCGCAUAAGCCAGGAACCCAGUCUAAAUAA